UGAAUGUUUUUAAAGCCCCAAUAUUUCGGUGUGUUUGCCACUCCGCCAGGUCCAGUCAUCUGUUUUGGGUGUUUCUAGAACAUUAUCUUUUGUCUACUUCCUAUUUAUCGUGAAGUGGUGUUGUUUACCUAGAAAUUCGUUUAAUAAUCAGACAUGCUCCUGAAAUGGUUCCUUCUGGCUGUGCUGGCUUCCAUGUCAACGGCAAACAGUGACUACCCAUGCGAGCCUGAUGACCAUUAUGUGCAGAAUUUGGGCCCCGUAGACACUGGCCUGAUCUUCGUGAACCCCCGCGGUGGCAGCUACAAGGGGGAGAAGCUCUGCUACUGGUUCGUGACUUGUCCCGUCGGCGCUGACGUCAUCAUCGACUGCCCCUUCGUCGACAUUCCUGAGUCUCACCUCUGCAAACGCGAUCGUCUGCUCAUCAAGAGAGCUACAAGUCUAGCCCCUCAGAGCUUCUGCGGAAACCAGACCAUCAGCACUGCAUCUUACGGAAACGUCAUGGGAGUUUCAUUUCAAGCCCCGGAGGACACCGAGGGUGGUCACUUCCAGUGUCAAACAUCAUGUAAUUUUGCAUUAAAAUACUAGUGUGUGUGUUUAUUGUUCGUUUGCAACUUUUAGGCUCAAAAAAUAAAAUAAAAAUCAUAAGUAAAUGGAUAAAUUUA